AUGCCGCGCACGACAUCGUCUCCGGACGAGAAGCGUGCGUUGCUCGCCAGCCGGGCCGAGGCCCAGAUGGCCUCGACCAACACUACGGCAAACGCCUUUCUCGGUACCCGGCGACCGUCAUGGCUAACGCCGAACGCAAAGCAACGGACUGCACCCACUGCUGGUCCACCAUUAACCACCGACAUGGCACGAGCAGUACCAGCCGUUGCGCCCGCUCCGGGAGUGUCAAUAGCGCCGCGAGCAGCAGCGCCAGAAGCAGCGCCAGCAGCGCCACCACAAGCGCCGGCAGAGACGCCUGCGCCCCCGUUACCGCCGUUAAAUCCUGCCGACCCAAAACCUAUGUCUACUUCUACAAAUCUGUCACAAUCCGACUGCAGUCUCCUCUCCCCCGCGCCGACAGACGAAGCCAGCCCAGCUGCCGCAAGUCCUGACGCAAUCAUCCCACCAGCUGAGACCACGGCGGAGGAAGUCACUCACAUACACGACUUCCCAUCAUUGCGUAGGGCCCUAUCGGAAGAGCGGCAACGACGACGGGUCGAGAAGCAGAUGUCUACUGCACCGGAUACGAAUGCAGCGGACAGUGACACCCCGAGCGAAACAAGGCAACCACGGAUAUCUACAAACGGCGCAGCUCCCAGCCAGGCGCAGUCGGAUGCAAAUUCACCGCAGGUAGCAGCACUCCUUGUGGAUGACCGUCCACAGCGUGUGUCACCGGCCAGCGCACCAUUGGUAACAACGAUGGUAUCGUCCGUUUCUACAGGCCAAGCAAACCUUGUACCUGAGGAGCCAAGCAAUGCUGACCAACUGCCACCGACGGUACCACCGGAACCAGCAACGGCCACAGAAAUUGCUGCAGCAAUAGCUGCAGCAACAGCCAAGGCAGCAGGCGGGACGAACUCGGGAUCAACUCAAGCUAAGCUCGAGGCGCAACAAAACAUUUACUUUCCGCGAACCUUGGUUCGUGCAACGACAGGCAAUGCCGAAUUCAGCUAUGUGGCUCUUGCGCAACUGAGGUUGUCGAAUCUGAACUGUGCUCUCCGCAUUGAAGACGGCUUUUUUGUCGCAGCAAACCAGCUUCUCUGUCUGUGGUUGGUCGAUAGUGCCGAGUCGCAUUUCCGCCUGGCUGCCCUUCCGCCGCACUUAAUCGACCACAGUUUCGGUAUCUUGCAGCAGAUACUCGAGACCAAUGGAAAGAUCCGACCUACUCUCCUCGCCUGGUUUUCUCAGUUUCCAGGCAACAUUGACGACAUGAUUCGCAAUACAAGUAACUACACCCAAGCCAUUGUACAGGUGUGCGCCUUUUUGGAGAGGCUGGCGCAGUAUUGGGGUCCUCUUUCGAACAGUGUUGCGAUGCGCGGCUAUCCUCUCUUGGUGGACGAGCUUCUGUCACGGCUCCUUUGUCUAUCCCCGACUCUGCAAAAUCUUUUGUCUACGGCUUCUCGCAAAUAUCUCCAACCGGCCAGAGAUCUUGGUGACACUGCUUUUGAUGAGAUCUUUAUGAAAGACCUGACACAGCAUCAACCGGCUCUCAGCACCUUCAUCGCACUUCCGGAGCCCCGUUUUGCCGAGGACCUGGAGCGGGUCAACGCGGGGUACAGGCGCAAGUUCGGUCGAAUGUACAAGCCCAGGCACAGCAACUUCAGCAUAUGCAACAAAUGCAUGUCGCUCAACAAACUCAAGAACCACAGCAGACACAGUAUACACAACAGCGACAACAAGGACAACAAAGGCAACAAGGACAACAAGGACAACAAGGACAACAAGGACAACAAGGACAACAAGGACAACAAGGACAACAAGGACAACAAGGACAACACGCACAACAGAUACAGUGGCAGCAAGUGCAAGCUCCACCUCGGCAAGUUCCAUCCCAGCAAUAUGCGCUUCAACAAGGCCCAACUCAACAGGGCGGACGUCAUCAACAUCAACAUGCGCCUACUUCUCUAG